GACUCACAGUCUACGUGCCCUGACAGUCCAUAGAGAUCACUUGCGGGGAAAGUGGGCUUCUGCAGCCUUCCCUGCCACUCACCUCACCCGGUCAUGAGAAUGACCUCUCUGUGUCUGUAUACUUCACAGCUAAACCCAGAGACCCACUACCACUUUCACUAACUCUAGGGAUGAUCCAGAAAGAAGGGGAAGGGAUUUGCUGGGCCAUUAUGUAGAGACCCAACCUUGCCUGUCAGCAGCACUGGACAGAGAAAAUUGCAACAGCAGCAUGAGAAACUGUAGAAGAAAUUUCUGAGGACAAACCUUUACACGUACAGCACUUGCAGAUGGCUUGAGAGAAAGAUGGAAUCUUUUCUCAUUUGAGGAAGAAAAGAAACAGUGAACUGGGGUCUGUUAUUCUGGCAGCCUGUUAAUAGAUUCCAUAUAGAAUGAUGAGGUCUUGAACUGGUGUCUGAAAUCAGUGAAGAACUGGAUAUAAGCUAAUGAAUUGACAAGACAGAACAAGGUGCUUCCGGUCAACAGGAGACAGCGGUACAGUCCAUUUUGGAAGGACUUGCACUCCCCUUAAAAAUCAAGUUCUCAGCUCAGGAGUGCUCCUAGAGUCGGCUUUUGCUCCUGGACAGAAAUGGCAUCUCCUCUUCAGACUAGAGAAUGCAAGCUGACCAAAAAAGAUAAAGAGACAUAUGGAUUCUGCCUACGUCUUGAGAAAUUCAAAGCAGGGCACCUCGUCCGGAAUGUGGAAAAAGGAAGUCCAGCUGAAAAGGCAGGCCUGAAAGAUGGUGACAGAGUCCUGAGAGUCAAUGGGGUGUUUGUAGACAACAAAGAGCAUGGAGAGAUUGCAGAUUUAGUGCGGAAAUGUAAAGAGGCCGUGACGUUCCUUGUCUUGGAUGAGAGAUCUUAUGAGAAUGCACAAAAGGCAGGAAUCAGUUUUGAAGAGUUGGGUCUGAAGUCACCCGCCCAGCACCAGCCAGAACAGCCCCCAUGGGUGACAAAUGGAGAGGCGACUCCGGGUCCACAGCCCCGGCUCUGCUACUUGGUGAAGAAAGGAAAUAGCUAUGGCUUCUCCUUGAAGACCACUGAAGGUUUUAAGGGUUUGUACAUUAUAGACUUGUCCCCACAAGGACCAGCUUCAGCAGCUGGAGUGCAGUCAAAUGACCGACUGAUAGAAAUCAAUGGAGAAAAUGUGGAAAACGAUACUCAUGAGCAAGUUGUAGAUAAGGUGAGAAAGUCCGGGAAUAAAAUCGUGCUUCUGCUGUCAAGUAAAGAAACUGACAAGUAUUACUGCAGGCAGAACAAGCAGCUGAAGAGAGAAACGGCCAAUUUAAAAUUCUUACCCCACAAACCCCGAAUUCUUAAGCUCAAAAAAGGGGAAAAUGGUUAUGGAUUCUAUCUGCGAAUGGAAGAAAAUGGUAAAGGUCAUGUAAUUAAGGACAUUGAGUCUAACAGCCCUGCAGCUGAAGUAGGCCUGAAGGACAAUGAUAUCCUGGUGGCUGUAAAUGGAGAGUCAGUUGAGGCCCUGAGCCACUACGCUGUGGUGGAAAAGAUCAGAAAGUCUGGUGAACAAACUACACUGAUGGUGGUGGAUGAAGAAACUUACACCAUGUACAAAAUGGCUCACAUAUCUCCAUGUCUCUACUACCACACAAUGCCAGCACAAUCUCAGCGUGUGGAAGAAGUGCCAACUCAAACUGAAGAAGUGAAUCACAAACCCAGAUUCUUCAAGCUAAUAAAGGGCUCCCAUGGAUUUGGCUUCCAUCUGAAUGCUAUCAACAAUUUGCCUGGCUCAUUCAUCAGAGAGGUAAAGAAGGGUGGACCAGCAGACCUAGCAGGGCUGCAAGAUGACGACAUUGUGAUAGAAGUGAAUGGUGUGAAUGUGGAGAACGAAGAUUAUGAAAAAGUGGUGGCAAGAAUUCAUGAUGGUGGCAACAGGCUGACACUACUAGUAUGUGGCGAAGCAGCAUAUAAGUACUUCAAGUCUCAGAAUAUUUCUAUUACUGCCUCUAUGGCAGAAUCAUCAAGUGAUGAUAGUAACAAUCCUCCAGCAUACACAGAGAUACAAGCAACAGAGCCAGAAAAGGCACUACCAGAACCACGAGAGAGGACCAGCUCAUGCUCCUCAGCGUCCUCAGAAGAAGACACCACAUUGUGAAGAUACCAGAGAUCAGAUCUCUCCCAGUUGGGGGCCCUGAAAGGCAACUCUGUACACUAUCCACACUGUAGCAAAAAAUUAUUAUUAUUAUUGCUUAGAAAAUGUUGGUUGCAAUCCUACACAUGCUUCUUUGAAACCAGUUCCCACUAAACAGCAUAGGAGUUACUUCCAAACAAACAAAUAUAGGAAUGGGCUGGUAAACACAUGUAAUUAGCUUUAACAGUAUCAGUGGAUGAGAAGAUUCUACUGGAUUAAUAAACCAUUUUUGUCAAGUUGCAGACACGUCUACAGAGACCAUAAUUCACUGUAGUACAGUGAAUUAUGUGCAUUAACUGCAACAUGUUGGUUGCAGUUGAAAGGUUUCUAAUGGAAAGUAAUAUAUAGCACCUACUGGAUGACAUGAAAAAAAGUAUUCAUAGUCCAACUGAAAUUAUUGGGACUAUUUUUAAUUUCGAUGAGACUACUCUGAAUAAUUUUCCUCCUUAUGUCAGCCAUUCUAUUCCAAACAAGUUUGCAACCAUUCUCAUUGAAGUUUAUUGUAUUGCAUUCUGAAAACCACUGUCUCAUGCAAAUUUUGAUCUGUAGUAAUUUUAAAAUUAAUUUCAGGCUUUAUAAACACUUAGGUAAACAGUACUCAAAACACCUUUUUCUCUGCAUGAUCUGAGUCCCCAAAAUCUCGCUCUCUCGUACACACACACACACACACACACACACUUGAUGUGCUGACAUCAACAUUGGUUUACUACCUCAGUACUAAUUUUGCAUGCAAUGCCUCCUUCAGUGUAAGCUUCAAAAUAAAACUGACUUGCUCCA